AUGGAACUUACAAUGGAAAACAUUGGCAACCUGCACGGAGUCCCUCACUCCCAGACGGGCGACUUGAUGAGCUCUCCACACGUACGGCCGUCCUCCGCGUCGCAUCGGAACCUGGUGUCGCACGGACGGCCGGCGAUGGUCUCCAGCAUGGCCUCGAUCCUGGAGGGGGCCGGGGAGUACCGGGCGGACCACGCGCUGUCCGGCCACCUGCACCCGGCCAUGACGAUGUCGUGCGAGUCAGGCAUGAGCCUGAGUAGCAGCUACACCACCCUAACCCCGCUGCAGCACCUGCCCCCGAUCUCCACGGUCUCCGAGAAGUUUCACCACCACCCCCACUCGCAUCCGCACCACCACCCGGCACACCAGCGUCUGACCACCGGCAACGUCAGCGGCAGCUUCACCCUCAUGCGGGACGACAGGGGGCUGGCGCCCAUGGGUAACCUGUACGGCCACUAUCCGAAAGACAUGUCCGGCAUGGGGCAGCCGCUGUCGCCGCUGUCAAACGGCCUGGGAUCUUUGCACAACACCCAGCAGACGCUGUCCGCCUACGGGCCCGGCGCACACCUCUCCAACGACAAGAUGCUCUCGCCGGGGGGGUUCGACUCGCACGCCGCGAUGCUGUCCCGGAGCGAGGAGCACCUGGCCCGAAGUUUAGUGGGUCACGGCGGCCCUGGCAUGAUGUCAAACCUGAACGGCAUGCACCACCACAGCCACCUGCACUCGCAGGCCAACGGCUCCAUGCUGGCGGAGCGCGAGAGGCAGAGCGUCGGCGGCCCCGGGCAGAGCGGCGGCUCCGGGCAGGUGGAGGACAUCAACACCAAGGAGGUGGCGCAGCGGAUCACCGCCGAGCUGAAGCGCUACAGCAUCCCGCAGGCCAUUUUCGCGCAGCGGAUCUUGUGCCGCUCCCAGGGCACCCUCUCCGACCUGCUGCGCAACCCCAAACCGUGGAGUAAACUCAAGUCCGGCCGCGAGACCUUUCGGCGGAUGUGGAAGUGGCUCCAGGAGCCGGAGUUUCAGCGCAUGUCCGCGCUGAGACUGGCGGCCUGCAAGCGCAAGGAGCAGGAGCAGCACAAAGACCGGAACCUGGCGCCCAAAAAACAGCGGCUGGUCUUCACGGACCUGCAGCGGCGCACCCUCAUCGCCAUAUUCAAGGAGAACAAGCGGCCCUCCAAAGAGAUGCAGCACACCAUCUCCCAGCAGCUGGGCCUGGAGCUCUCCACCAUCAGCAACUUCUUCAUGAACGCCCGGCGCCGCUGCGUGGACCGCUGGCAGGACGAGCACGGCCACGGCCAGCCGGGCACCUCCGCCCCGGCCUUCUCCAAGGCCUGA